AUGUUCAGCACAAGUCGGAGCGCAGUGGCGCUGCUCACGUUGGUGCCCUUGGUCUCGCUGCUGUUGCCGGGCGCGAGGGCAGCCACAGACACUUGCAACGCUACAAGUCUUUGCGGAGCCGAGUCACCUUGUUGCAGUCCCUACGGAUACUGUGGUACUGGCGCUGAUUUCUGCUUCGGAGGAUGCGAUCCCGUCGCCUCACACACUCUGGACUCUUGCAUGCCAGAGCCGAUUUGCCAGAGCACCAAUAUCACGUUUGCCAAUUUCGACCGCAUUCUCAUGAAUCAAUCGGCCUACAAUGGUAACGCCAGCAUGUACGACUUUAUCCUCGACCAAGGCAACAUCCAGAACAGUUCCGCCAGCGAAUUGGUAUUGCUCCUCACUGAGGAGAACAACGGUACUCGUCUGAGCUCUACUCGCUACGUCCACUAUGGCCAGAUCACCGCGCGCCUCAAGACUGGCCGCUGGGGCGGUGUCGUCACGGCGUUUAUCACCAUGUCCGACGUCAAGGACGAGAUCGACUGGGAAUUCCCCGGAAACCAGACUACCGAAGGGCAGACGAACUAUUUCUGGCAGGGCUUCGUCCCUACCCAAACUGCUGGCCAGACGACGGGCAACCUGACGGACACGUUCAGCAACUAUCACGACUACACGAUUGACUGGCAGGAGGACCAGCUUCAGUGGCUCAUCGAUGGCAACGUCGUGCGCACGCUCACUCGCGAAAGCGUCACGAACAACUCGACCGACGUGCACUACUACCCGAGCACGCCUAGCCGGAUUGAGAUCAGCUUGUGGCCUGCGGGUAUCAGCAGCGAGCCGACGGGCACCGUCGAGUGGGCUGGUGGUAUGAUCGACUGGAACGACUCUGACUACAAAGCUGCUGGCCACUUCUAUGCAUCAUUCGAGUGGAUCGCCAUUACUUGCAAUGACAGCUCUACGGUUAACUCAAACAUAACAUCGUACGUGUACGGCAGCAACUCGUCCGCAUAUACCCCGAACAUCCUGUACACAAACGAGACGACGAUCGAGUCGAGCGGCGCAUGGGGCAUGUCUGCUACGCGCAGCGGCGCUGCCAUGUGGUCCCUGCUCGCGUGCGCCGUUGCGAUGCUCCUCGGCUCCGGUCUCUUCUGA